CCCUCCUCCUCUGCGCAACGCCUGGCUGGCCCCACGCUACCUCCCUCCCUUACUCCCUUCCUCUCCUCACUCCCUCCUUUCAUCCAUCCAUCCAUCCAUUCCCCCCUCUAAACCGAGGAGCGGUACCGGUUGAUCCACGUUGGAGGCAGCUCGGCCCGGUCCGGAGACAUCUUUUUAAGGGAUUAAUGGGCCCCAAAGACGCGAGACUUCUACUUUAAGGCUCAUUAAGGCGUUUUUUUUCCAAAUAAUAAUAAUAAUAAUAAUAAUUGUUCCAGGACUGGACUGCCUCUCACCUCAAUCUUACUCGAUUUGGACCUGGACCUCUACUGAUGGAACAGGCUCACUCCUACGUUCUCUUGCAGCCACCCAACACCACCUAACAUUUCCUGGAAGAACGUGUCCGCCGCCCGCUCCCAACAAACAUGGACUGUUUUCCCAUGCUUUAUUUUCUGUCGAGACAUCAUGAUUCCUGGUAAUCGAAUGCUGAUGGUCCUUUUCAUAUGCCAAGUCCUGCUGGGAGAGAGCAACCAUGCUAGUCUAAUACCUGAAGAAGGGAAAAAGAAAGUGCCGGGCCUGCAGGGUCGUUCGGACGCUCAGAGUCAUGAACUGCUGCGGGACUUCGAGGCCACCCUGCUGCACAUGUUCGGCCUCAAAAGGCGGCCGAGGCCCAGCCGCUCGGCCGCCGUGCCUCGCUACCUGCUUGACCUCUAUCGGCUGCAGUCUGGGGAGGCAGAGGAGACGGGCGCUGCCGAUAUCACUUUUGAGUACCCGGAGAGGUCGGCCAGCCGAGCCAACACCGUGAGGGGCUUCCACCAUGAGGAGCACAUGGAAAAAGUCCACGAGAUGGACGACGGUGAGGCCACGCCCCUCCGUUUCCUCUUCAACGUCAGCAGCAUUCCCGAGGAUGAGCUGCUCUCCUCCGCUGAACUGCGGCUCUACCGGCAUCAGAUCGACGAGGCGGGCAGCAACAUCCUCUCCGACGGCCUUCACCGGAUAAAUGUGUACGAGGUGCUGAAGGCCCCGCGGCCCGGCCAGCUCAUCACGCAACUCCUGGACACGCGACUGGUGCGCCACAACAUGUCGCAAUGGGAGAGCUUUGACGUCAGCCCUGCCGUGCUGCGUUGGACUCGCGAGCGCCUCCCCAAUCACGGGUUGGUGGUGGAAGUUCUCCACCUCAACAAGACGCCCCACCACCAUGGCAAACACGUCCGCAUCAGCCGCUCGCUCCACCAAGAGCCCGGCGAGGACUGGGAGCAGAUACGCCCCCUCUUGGUGACCUUCGGCCACGACGGGAAGGGCCACCCAUUGACCAAGCGGGCCAAGCGCAGCCCCAAGCAGCGGGGCCGCAAGCGCAACCGCAACUGCCGGCGUCACGCGCUCUACGUCGACUUCAGUGACGUGGGGUGGAAUGACUGGAUAGUGGCGCCCCCUGGUUACCAGGCCUAUUACUGCCACGGGGAAUGCCCCUUCCCCCUGGCCGAUCACCUGAACUCAACCAACCACGCCAUUGUCCAGACACUGGUGAACUCCGUCAACAACAACAUUCCCAAGGCGUGCUGCGUGCCCACGGAGCUCAGCGCCAUUUCCAUGCUCUACCUGGACGAACACGACAAGGUGGUCCUAAAGAACUACCAGGAAAUGGUGGUGGAGGGCUGCGGCUGCCGCUAAGCCAACCACGACUUGGACUUAAACAUCAAAAAAAGCAGCAGAAGGUCUUUACUCCCCCCCAAAAAAGUUCACUUGGACCCUUAUUUAUAACUUUUAUGUUGAGGUGUAUUUUUGUCUCACUUUUUUUUUGGUUUCUUUGACAAUAUGAUCAUAUAUUUUGACAAAAUAUAUAUAUUUAUAUCUACAUAUUGAAAAUAAAUCGAGUCCUUAUUUUAAACAUGAAAAAAGCUGUACAACUUGUCAUAAUGUACAUUAGAUUGUAUACGUUUUUAUUGAUAAAAUAGUACAAAAAAAGUCAUCUUAAGACCCGACAAAGUUUAUUUACUGGUAAUAUUUAUUGCUGUCACACUAGAAGAACAGAAGUGAAUUCUCAUCAAUUAGAGCACUGUGUGAAUUUGUUCGGUUUGAGAUCAUCGGCAAUGUACAGUUGACCUUAUUUAACCUCUCUGCUUUGAUAUUAAAGUGAUUAAUUUAAACAACCCCCCCAGAAAGCUAAUCAUUUCAUGUAAGGUAUGCAAAAAAUAGUGUUGAAGGGUGCUGUAGAUUUUUUGUUUUCAUUCCAAGCAUGCACAUGUACACCGAAAAGAGAAGACAUAGUGCCAUUCCUUUCCCCAAA